CUUUGCCACCCGCCACCCAGCAAUGGCAGACAUGGCGGAGGCAGCGGCAGCGGCAGCGGGCAAACCUCUGCUGGUGAGAUCAACGAGUGUCAACCUCUUCACCGACCGCGUCCAGCAAGGAGUGCAGCAACUGCUGCCGCUAAAGUUCGACAAGAACAUUAAACAGGCGUUUUAUAACACGGGCGCGCUGAUAUUUGUGGCCAUCUCUUGCGGUGCAGCAGUGCUGGUUUACUUUAUCCUGGAGGCGUUUCUGCGUCCGUUGCUCUGGGCCGUACUCUGUGGCACCUUCCUUCAUCCUUUCAAGACCACCCUCACUAGCCUGGUGAGAAAGUGGCUGAAUGGCCUCGAGGAUUCCCGCACGCCCAUCGUUUUAGGGACCCUCAUGUUGCCUAUUUUCUUCGUCAACCGAGGGGUGGAAGCGUUAAGCAAUCAAGUGUUGUUGAAUCGCAAGAUACUGCUCCUGUUGGCAACCGGCGCGCCUAUUCUCUAUCUCAUGUACUGCUUCAGCAGCUGGGUCGGAUUGCAGUUGCUGCUCAUCAACACCGGACGGCUGAUCUCAUUGGGACUGGAGUAUUUUAAUACCUUGUGGGUCUGGACUCUUGUGGUUGGAUAUGUAUUGGCAGUUUCAUUUAAGUGGAAUACGAAAACCGAACGUUUUCUCAAAAGAAUCUCUGUUCCAGUUUGGAUAGUGCUUCUUUUUUACUUGGCAUCAAUUGCUGGAGCUUGGCGAAUUCCAGUUUUUGUGGUGAUUGUCAUCCUACUGGUAAUGGGGGCAUUUCAGGAAGGGACAGGAAAUGGCAUUGGUUUUGAGCUGUUUGGUCGGAUGUUUCAAAUUGUUUCAAGUACCAUCAAUAUGACAGUAUCCAUGACAGGAUUCUCGUCUCAAGAGGACCAUCCAGCAAAAGUAUCAGGGUCUGUUGAAUCUAGAGACUUGAGCUCUUCUUCCUCCACAUCUUCAACUAUGUACACUCCAUUAGGAAUACCAAGACCUGGAACUGUGUCAUUUGCAAAAAAGAAGAAAACAAGUGCCAUCUAUUUUGUGAUGCUUGUUUGGGCAAUUGGUGUUGUGCAGAUCUGGCUGAAUCUUUGGAUAUUGGAGCUGCUCCCGGUACCGGUGGCUGUUUGGGGGCUUAAGAAAUUGAUCCUACAUUUUGGAUUGAUUAACUUUGCGGAGAGACACAUUAAUAGUUAUUGGAAGAUUCUGUCAUCCUUUGCUAAAGACAGACAAGAUGCUCUCGCUCCAGGACCUAUACGAGGACUUGGAAGAAUUGUUCUAAAAGCUGAUAGUAAGCUGUGGCAUUGGCUUAAUAAGCAGAUUCUUUUUUGCCUCGAGAAAUCAUUGGAUAAACUGAUCAGCAUUUUUAUCAUCUUUUUACUGGUUAUGGGAACAUUACUCUUGGCUCUACUCUUAACUGCAAAGGUUCAUGAAGAAAGUGUUCACAUGAUCAAAGUCACCAGCAAUCUGAUAAAUGAGACUGUUGCUAACCAUCCAGAAUGGGCAAACUGGCUACCUGAGGCCCAGGUGAUACAGAAGGCACUAAAUUCUGCCGCUAACAAUGUGUACCAGUAUGGGAGAGAGUGGAUAACACACAAGCUUCAUAAGAUGUUAGGAGACAAGAUGAACAACACCACAAUUAUAGAGAAGCAAGUCUUAGAGCUUUGGGAUAGGUUAUAUCAAAAUUGGUUUGUAAAGAACGUAACUCAUUCUGGAAGACAUAAAGGGCACAAAUUCACGAUCAAUCGGCAGAAUAGUUGGCUGGGAGACAUGUUAGACUGGCAGGACGUUGUCGCCUUUAUUCAUGAGAACAUUGAGACCUUUCUUUCUAUAUUGGAGUCUCUCUGGAUUGUGAUGAGCCGAAAUGCGAGUUUAUUGUUCACAACUGCCACCACAUUGCUGACGGUUCUGUUUCACAGUGGCACAGCACUUCUCAACUUCAUUCUUUCUUUGGUCAUUUUCUUGACCACACUCUUCUAUCUCAUAAGUUCAAAUGAUGAAUGCUACAAACCAGUGAAGUGGGUAAUUGGUCUGACACCACUUUCCCAGGCAGGCACUUCCUUCAACAUCGUGGGGCAGUCUGUUGAAGAAGCUAUACGUGGUGUGUUUGAUGCUUCCCUCAAGAUGGCUGCCUUUUAUGGGCUUUACACUUGGUUGACUCAUACUGUAUUUGGAAUCAAUAUUGUCUUCAUUCCAUCAGCACUCGCAGCUACUCUUGGGGCAGUCCCGUUUCUGGGAACUUAUUGGGCUGCAAUGCCUGCAGUGAUAGAUCUCUGGCUGACACAAGGAGAGAACCUAAUGGCCAUCCUGCUCCUCGUUUGCCAUUUGCUGCCAACCUACUUUGUGGACACAGCCAUUUAUUCUGAUAUUUCUGGGGGUGGUCAUCCGUAUCUCACUGGCUUGGCGGUAGCAGGGGGAGCUUACUACCUUGGCCUAGAAGGUGCAAUCAUUGGACCUAUACUGUUGUGCAUCCUUGUAGUUGCCUCCAACAUAUACACUGCUAUGUUGAUGAGUCCUUCAACUGGCUUACCAACUCCUUCCCAGACUCCUUGGCCAUUGCAAAUACAUCGGCCUUUUGCUGAUAGUACUGAGGAAGUUAAGCCUGCCACUGAGUGACCGAUUGUGUUUCUUUAUUACGGAGAGGAGCAUGGGCUCGUCUAUCUAUCGCUUUCCUGCACUGAGAUCACACAGUUGUGGCCUUCCUAUGCGCUCCAAAGAUGAAUAUCGCAUUAGCUGCAAUAUACAGAACAAUGUAUUAUUCACACUUAGGUGGGCAUAAGGAAUUUACCUUUCCAUUACUUUGCACGUGAAUGUAACUCGCAAGGAUGCAGUCCAGAGUUAAAGUUUGGAACUCCUGAACUUAAGUUUUCACCCAAACAAUUAACCGUUGCAGUUCUCUUGCUAGUUUUGAUAUCAAGAAAGGUUGAAAUGCUAUUUUAUUUUAUCUUUUAAUACUUUCUAAGGGCUUGUUGCAAUUGCUCACAAUCUUGAGUGAUUUUAAAAAUAGAAUAUUAUACAGGAUGCUAAUGUAUUGUAAACAUAGUGUACUAGUUUGUUUAGUUUCUUCCAUGAAUGCUUAUAAAGGUUUGAUGUAUUGGCAGGUAGCCUGAUUUAGCCUUGAAACUAUGUAGCUAAUACCCUUCUCCUCCAAAAAAUGAACUGCCAACAUUUAUGUGUUAGAGGAACGCUUGAAUAAUGGACAAUUGAGUAUGAUGUUUACUCAAUCAUUCUCUUUUGAGAUAUUUUGAAUUAAUUCCCUUAAAUAUCCACUCCUGGGUUGGAUGCUUCCUGUUGUUCUGAGAUUAUGUUGUGCUUCAGUUCAAGCUAAGAUUAUCUAAUUUGCAUUAUUAUGUAAUUGUAAAUUUAAGUGAGUGGGAUGGUGUAAGUAAUGGUGGUAACUAAGAUACACAGAAGAAAGAGAUGGUAAUAUUGUGGUAUUUUGGCUGCACUUUGAGAUUGGCAUUAUAGAUGGGAUUUGCCCUUGUGCUUUUGCUGUACACUCCAUGGCACAACUUGAACGGCCAGGUUCAAUUUUGACUACCGAUGCUGUCUGUCUCUGUGAUCAUGUGGGCUUGUACGUUAAUUUGCCACUAAAUUGCCCCAUGUGAGAAAAUGA